UCUCACAGGCAGCAAUGAGAAUUCUUGUUUGAUUCCCUAUUUAUUCAGAUGAAUUUAACCAGAAUCUAUGUGGUGGGACUGACUAUUCUUGCUCUGGUUUGCUAGAGGAUAGUCAUUGUUGUAGGAUCAGGGACUUUAUAUCCUGAGUGGAGGGGAGGUCAUUAGUAAGUUUGAUAGACAGAGAGGAAUAUGGCAUCUGGCUCAAAGCUGCAAGAGCGUCACAAAGGGCCUUGGACUCCCCAUGAAGAUCAUCUGUUGAAAAAUUACAUAGUACAUCAUGGAGAAGGGAGAUGGUGCGCAAUACCCCAAAGAACAGGUUUGCUACGAUGUCCCAAGAGUUGUAGAUUGCGGUGGAUAAAUUACCUUCGUCCUGAUGUGAAGCGAGGACAUAUUUCUGAGGAUGAAGAAGAGCUUAUUAUAAGACUUCACAAACUGCUGGGAAACAGAUGGUCACUGAUUGCAAAGAGGGUGCCAGGUAGAACAGACAAUGAGGUGAAGAACUACUGGAACACUCGUUUGAGCAAGAAACUUCAUGGCAAAGGAAUCGAUCCCAACACCCACAAGCCUUUGAGGGCUAUUCAGUUUAAUGACAGUAGUGAAAUGAAGGGCAUGAUGAAGCUCACACAAACUGAGAAUUCCCCAGAACAGAAAGAAAAGCUUUCUCAGGAUUUCACUUGUUCAAACAAUCCAGAGACUAAUGCAGCCUCUCAACAAAGAGAUUUGGUAUUGGUAGAUUGUGGAGAGCAUGUUUGGCAGGGGAUUAGUGAUGAGAACGUGAGGGACAUUUGUGGAUAUGCUCUACAUUCUCCUGGACAUGGGUGUAUGGAGUCCCUGGAAAACUCUGUGGAAAUGACGAAUUCCUUUUGUGAAUGUGAGGAUGGAACAAUGUUUGUCUACGACCUGUGGGCUUUGUCACUCUUUAAUAAUUAAGUACUAAGAGACUUUAGGCAUGAGUUCAUACUCAACCUUUCACUGUUAGGAAUAUGUUAUAUUAAUAUUGGGAUUUUGUGUCUAUUAUCUUACUACUUUG